CGAACCUUUCUCUAUGAUUUAUUGGCUGAAUAGUAAUAUGUCAAAAGAUUCUCUCGUUUUGGUAUGAAAAUGAAAUCACCCACUAUUCCUCUCUGCUUCUUCUUUCUCUUUUCUGUUUCUGCUCCACUUUUUGAAGCCUUUAACAAUGGCGAUGGAGAAUUCAUAUCCGAAGAAAAAGAAGAACCCCACAUCAAAAGAUCCGAUUUCCCACCCGGGUUUCUUUUUGGAGUUGCCACUUCUGCUUACCAAGUUGAAGGAGCUUAUCUCGAAGAUGCUAAGUCCUUAAGCAACUGGGAUGUAUAUUGUCAUUCCAUAGGAUGUGGAGAAAAUUCAGAGAAUGGAGAUAUUGCAGAUGAUCAUUAUCAUCUGUUCAUGAAAGACAUAGAGAUGGUGCAUUCCCUUGGUCUAAAAGCAUACAAAUUUUCGAUUUCAUGGGCUAGAAUUCUUCCAAGAGGAAGAUUUGGUGAAGUUAAUCCUGCAGGAAUCAUGUUCUACAACAAGAUUAUAGACAACCUGAUUCUCAAAGGAAUCGAGCCAUUUGUGACACUUUUCCAUAACGAUUAUCCACAUGAACUUGAAGAGAUAUAUGGGUCCGGGUCUUGGCUAAACCCCGAAAUGCAGAAAGACUUUGUACAUUUGGCAGAAAUUUGUUUCAAGUUUUUUGGAGAUCGAGUGAAGUAUUGGAUCACGAUUAAUGAACCUAACGUGUUCAUAGAAUUGUCUUAUGAAUUUGGGUUAUUUCCACCUUCUCGUUGUUCAAAGCCUUUUGGAAAUUGCAAUGUUGUAAAUUCUGAUGUGGAACCUCUUAUUGCUAUGCAUAAUAUGUUGUUGGCUCAUGGAAAGGUAGCCAAGCUAUAUCAUGAAACUUUCAAGCCUAAACAAGGUGGAUUGAUAGGUCUCGUUGUGCACUGUUACAUGUACAAACCACUAACGGACAGUGAGCUCGAUCAUGAAGCCGCCAAAAGGGUGUUUGCUUUCAAUGUUGGCUGGACACUUGAUCCUUCAAUAUAUGGAGACUACCCCGAAGAAAUGCACAAAUACCUUGGAAGUAUAUUACCAAGUUUCUCCCUUGAGGAAAAGAAGUUUAUGAAGAAUAGUAUUGAUUUUAUUGGCAUCAACCAUUACUCCACUAUAUAUGCUAAGGAUUGUAUCAACGCUAGUUGCACUCCAUUUGCAAAUCGUGCAAUCCGGGGUUUUGUGGACAUUGUUGGAGAGCGUGAUGGCAUGUUGAUUGGUGAACCUACCGGUGUAGAAGGGAUAUUUGUUGUUCCUAGAGGCAUGGAGGAGAUUGUUAACCAUAUGAAGAUUCGGUACAAUAAUAAACCCAUGUUUAUUACUGAAAAUGGAUAUUCUUCACCCAAUGUGCAUGAGGAACGAAUUAAUGAGAUUCUCAGUGACGUGAAAAGAAUUGAAUUUCACUCAAAAUACCUUGCUUCAUUAGCCAAGUCCAUAAGAUCCCUUCACCGCCAUUCUUCCGAUCUAACCCAUCUCGCUGUUCACUCUAUACACUGCACCUUCUCUCCACCGUUUCUCGACCUUGCUGGUCCGGCGAAGCAACUACUGACAACGGUUGAUUCACUGUCUUCACAAAAUCGACCAGAAAAUCGAUCCCAAAGUUCCUCUUCACAAAACCGACCAGAAAAUCGAUCCCAAAGUUCCUCAAUCGAAGCGAGCGUCGGAAGAAGACCGACUCAAAGAAACCCACUUCAAUCGCGAUUUCCCUCACUGACGCCUUUGCUUGCACCCGCCACUUCAAUCGCCGAAUUCCAGGUUUCAAAGAUUUUGAAGGGGCUUGACAGCCGACUUCCAUCGGUAAGUGCUUCUUCCCUAUCUUCUAUUCCACACUUCUCUAUCGAUUUACCAAAGGUUUACUGGAUUUUGAAACUGAAAUUCCACGACUUAUGCAGAGGGCAUAAGGAUUUUACCAGGUUCAGGGAUUAUAGACCUCACUUAGAAGGAAAAACAAGUGAUAAGAACCAUUCAGAAUGUGAUAGGGAUAAUUAA